GGACGCUGCGCCCUGUGUCAGUGGGCAGGAAGAGCGUGUGAGUGCGCAUCGAUCACUCCUUACUGAGCAGUGGUGCACAAGGAAGAGUAAUACUCAACAUGUCACAUUUCUAAUGCUGGGGUACAGUGUAAAUCACCCGAGUUCUCUUCCGAUACGCAGACACUGCAAGAUUGCACCCGAAGCCCUUGGACUGAGAUUGCUUUCAGAGAAGUGGGACUGUUGUCAGUUUGAAACCCAUUGGGCGGCCAGCGGUGGAAAGCGCAGUCGAGAAAAAGGCAAGGGAGAGAGAGGACUGUUUUAGAAGCCAUGAGAGAAUACAAAGUUGUCGUGCUUGGAUCCGGCGGAGUGGGCAAAUCAGCAUUGACGGUGCAGUUUGUAACGGGGUCUUUUAUAGAAAAAUACGAUCCCACCAUAGAAGAUUUUUACAGAAAAGAGAUCGAAGUGGACUCGUCGCCUUCUGUGCUGGAGAUUCUCGACACGGCGGGGACGGAACAGUUCGCCUCCAUGAGAGAUUUGUAUAUCAAAAACGGGCAGGGCUUUAUUUUGGUAUACAGUCUGGUCAACCAACAGAGCUUCCAAGACAUCAAACCCAUGCGGGACCAGAUCAUCCGGGUGAAACGGUACGAGCGAGUGCCCAUGAUCCUGGUGGGCAACAAGGUGGAUUUAGAAGGCGAGCGAGAGGUUUCUUCUGGAGAAGGAAAAGCCCUCGCAGAUGAAUGGAAUUGCCCCUUUAUGGAAACUUCAGCCAAAAAUAAAGCCUCGGUAGACGAACUGUUUGCAGAGAUUGUCAGACAGAUGAACUAUGCUUCACAGCCGAAUGGGGACGCUCAGUGCUGCUCUUCCUGUGUUCUCCUUUAAAACUAGUUGAAAAGUUUGCAAAAAGUGAGCGAGUGACUCUAAUAUUAAAAACAAAAAUUAAAAUAAAACUAAGAUUGGAAACUAACACAACUUUGUUUGAAAACGUUAAGGUGUAAUACGUUGACUACGUGAUCAGUAUUCAAAGGUGUUUUGUCUUGCACACACAUUAUACACAAUUAUCCCAAACUAUUGUUUACAUGGCACAAUACUUGAAUGUUCUGGAUUUGUAAAUUUUAGAGACUCGUAGACGCAUGCAUUUGGAAAAAAAAAUGUGCCUAGUGCCUAAGGGUGAUAUUUAUUUUGAAAUGCAUCGACACGUCUCUUUCCCUGUAAAUCUUUUUCUGGGAUUCAUCAACGGUUGUGAAUUGUGCAUUAAUUUAUCUCUGGAGGGAAGAGAUAACGAUACCACUGAGUGGCUAAUGAAACAGGAGACCGCAACCUUCAUUCAGCAACAUAGCAAAUGAAUCACCUGAGAGUUCACCUUUGAUUGAAAGAAACCGACAUCAUCAUUGGACACAGCAACGUUUUCUGAAUGACGCGAAACAUGUAUCCAGUCUCAACAAUUGCACUCUAACUGGAACUUAUCAAACACGGAUGCUGAAACAAGCAAUGAAUAGGCAAGAUGGUUUCUGUGAAAAACAAAAUUUAUGUUUUGUACCUGCUGCAUAAAUUGGGUAUUAAAGAAAAUCAGUGGAAUUUUCAACGUGAGCUGUGAAAAAUUAUACCAUUUUAUAUGCUUGUUAAGGAAAAAAACUGUUUCAGUUUACCAGUAUCACCACAGUAGCAUAAACAAGGACUUAGUUUUACGUUAUGAUACAGGGCCGCCGACAGCCCCAUGUCUAGUGCCUUCCAAAAUCAGCUGUUCAAGUUAGUGUCAACUGCUAAAGUAUCAACACAAUCGCAUUAUCUGGCAAUCCACAAAGUACUUAACUGUUUCCCUUUGGUAAUCGCACAGGGGUGAAUCCAGACAAAAGGGCCAAUUGUUAAGGAAUGUGUUUUUUUCUUUUCAUUUUAGCAUUUUAAAUGUAAUUUUCUACGCCUGUUAAAGGUUUAGCCUAAUUUUAAUUGAAAUUCACAGGCACUGGGUACACCUAGAUUGUGUUUACUAAAACACCUUUUUUUUCCCCUGGUCACCAAAAAGCAAGAAAAUGGAUUAACAAAAUGUGAUGUACCAUUGAAAUUCUAACCCGAUUGUAAUUUUAAUAUCAGACCAGCCUUUUAACAGCUGUCUGUCUGUUUUGAAAGACUUUUAAUACAAAUGGCAUUUUUAAAAUA